UAGUUUGGUUCUUUUUCUCCUUUUUCUGAAACUUUUCCUUUGCACUAAAGCACUCGAUGGCUUAGAUGACUCUAUGGUGGAGCGAAGCUCUUCUAAAUAUAUUUACUUUUUUGAAAAAAGAAACCCUUGCAGAUGGAGAGCUUAGAAAAGGACCACUCAUAUUCUGAACAUGCACAGCAGCCAGAGACCACGACUGUGGAGUAUGACGUUCGAGAAACUGUUGUCAUCACACGCCGUCUGAGAGACCGAGAGCUUCUCAGAAAGAGGAAAGCAGAAGCGGAGGAAAAAGACACUUACCAGUGGGUUCUGGGGGAUCAGAGCAAGAGCAAGAGGACGAGGAGAAGAGGAGCGGGGAGAGGCCGAGGCCGGCGCCAGGUUCCAGAACCGGAGAGAGAACCUCAGCCAAGCGCUGCAGAGGAGAAACGUGAGCUAACAGAGACCCCGCUGGAGCAGGAAGCGGGGCCCUCUCUGGAUCCCCAAGCGGAAUCCUCUCUGGAUGCCCAAGUGGAGUUUUCGGUACAUCCCCAAGCGGAGGCUUCUGCUCCCCUUGUGGAAACGGAAGAGCUGUAUACUCCAAAGGACGUAGCAGAAGCACUCCCAGCUGGACCUGCCAUUUAUCCUCUGGUGGAACUGGAGCAGACAUCCAGAUCAGAAGAACCAGAAAUGCCGGUGUCCGUGGAAAAUGACCAUUUGGAACAAGAGUUUUAUCCCUCUCUUUAAUUUAAAAAUUGGCACAUGGGCAACAUUUGUUUCUGUCCAGCAUGAAACACUGUUAGAAUACAUGAUCCUUGUUAUUCUUAUGUGAGCAAUAAAAGCA